AUGAUGGACGGCCGCCUCCUGGAGCACCCGCACGCCCAGUUCGGGGGCUCACUGGGCGGCGUGGUGGGCUUCCCCUACCCGCUGGGCCACCACCACGUGUAUGAGCUGGCCGGCCACCAGCUGCAGUCGGCCGCCGCCGCCGCCGCUGCCUCGGUGCCCUUCUCCAUCGACGGGUUGCUCAGCGGCUCAUGCGCCGCAGCCGCCGCCUCGGUGGUCACCCCCACGCCGCUGUUGCCGGCCGCCUGCGGGGUCGGCGGCGACAGCCAGCCCUUCAAGCUGUCAGACUCGGGAGACCCGGACAAGGAGAGCCCGGGCUGCAAGCGGCGGCGCACCCGCACCAACUUCACGGGCUGGCAAUUGGAGGAGCUGGAAAAGGCGUUCAACGAGAGCCACUACCCCGAUGUGUUCAUGCGCGAGGCGCUGGCGCUGCGCCUCGACCUGGUGGAGUCCCGAGUGCAGGUCUGGUUCCAAAACCGCCGGGCCAAGUGGAGGAAGAAAGAGAACACCAAGAAGGGCCCGGGGCGGCCGGCGCACAACUCGCACCCGACCACGUGCAGCGGCGAACCCAUGGACCCCGAGGAGAUCGCGAGGAAGGAGCUGGAGAAGAUGGAGAAGAAGAAGCGCAAGCAUGAAAAGAAGCUACUGAAGAGCCAGGGCCGCCAUCUGCACUCGCCCGGCGGACUGUCCUUGCACAGUGCGCCCAGCUCCGACAGCGACAGCGGCGGCGGCGGCCUGUCUCCGGAGCCGCCCGAGCCGCCGCCGCCGGCCACGGUCAAGGGUCCGAGUGCCCCCGCCGCCGGGCCCGCGCCCGCCCCAUCCGGCGAGCCGCCAGCCCCCGCCGCCUGCGACCCCGCCUUCUACCCGAGCCAAAGAAGUGGCGCCGGCCCGCAGCCGCGGCCGGGCCGGCCCGCGGACCAGGACCCGGCCCCGUGUGCGCCCGGGGCGGCGGCUGCAGGCCUGCCCAAAGCUAGCCCGUUUAGCGUGGAGAGCCUGCUCUCCGACUCCCCGCCGCGUCGGAAAGCCGCGCCGGGCGCCGCCGCCGCCGCCACCGCCGCAGCUGUUGCCGCCGCCGCCGCCGCGGGGCUGGACUUCGCGCCCGGGCUGCCGUGCGCGCCGCGGACCCUCAUCGGCAAGGGCCACUUUCUGCUCUACCCCAUCACUCAGCCGCUCGGCUUCCUGGUCCCUCAGGCCGCGCUCAAGGGCUGCGCGGGCGGGGAGGCCAAGGACGCGCCGCCUGCGCCGCCUGUGCCCCCAGGGCACGCAGGUUUCUGCGCCUUCCCCGGACCCGGUGGCGCCCCGGACCCAGCCUUCCCGCGCCGCAGCCCCGACGCCGGCGCCUCCCCGGGGGCCCCCGCAUCCUUGCGGGACCCGGCCGAGGGGGGCAGCAGCGGUGACGGCGCAGAAGCAGGGGCCGCCUGUCCUGCGCCUCCGCCGCCGUCCCCUGGGCCUGGCCCGCGUGCGCCCAGCCCCGUCGGGGAGCCGGCCACCUGCGGGGCGCCUGAGCCCGCCGCCGUCGCGGCCGAGCCUAGCGCGCCUGAGGGCGACGAGGUGGAUAUGGACUGA